AGUAGUGCCUGGGCUAAUGUGGUCGUCACAGUGAAGCUUUUUGAUCCGAGAAGGAGGGAACCGACGUGGCUGAGUUUGGGAGGCGGAGCUGAGGUGAUGGAAGGGGCGGGGGGAGACCCGAGUGCAGACGCAGCUGGAUGGCAGGGGCAGCCCGGAGCUCCCCGGUGUCACACGGGAUUAGCCAGCCAGGCUGAGACUGUGCAGUGAUGAUGGGGGAAAGGCUGCUUCCUCAUGGACCCCUCUCCUUCUUGUUGCUCGCUGUUGCCUGCCAGGCCCACGAUCUUCCACUGGCCCAAGCUGCCAGUGGGGCUAGCCCUCUGUGUGAAAAAGAGGCAAAGUCCUGGGGGUCCAUAUUCAGCGAGGAAUGCCUGGAUGCCUGGGUUUGUUCUCUGAUUGGUUCGGUUGUGGUUGGGCUGAGCGGGGUUCUUCCCCUGCUGAUAAUUCCGCUUGAGACGGGAGCAGCUCUGAAUUCAGAAGAGGGAUCCCAUCGAAUGAAGCAGCUGCUGAGUUUUGCAAUUGGUGGGCUCCUGGGAAAUGUGUUUCUCCACCUACUCCCCGAAGCCUGGGCCUACACUUGCAGUGCCACUGAAGGAGAAGGACAGAGCUUCCAGCAACAGAAGCUUCUGGGGCUCUGGGUGAUAAUUGGCUUGCUGACCUUCCUGAGUCUGCAGAAGCUGUUCCCAGACAGUGAAAUGCAAGAAUGUUCCAACUUGGUCCAUGAUUCCAAAGCAGCUGCUAAAAAGAUUCCAAAUGGGAGCAGCUUCUCUGUACGGGAGGCAGCCAAUCCAGUGCAAAGAACGAAGUUGGGUACAGCUCAGUGUAACGGUUCUUCUCGCUCAUCUUCACUACCAGCCCAGAAAAUAAAGAUCAGUGGAUACCUCAAUCUUUUGGCCAACACGAUAGACAACUUUACACAUGGCUUGGCGGUGGCAGCCAGCUUCCUGGUCAGCAGAAAGGUUGGGCUCCUGACCACCAUGGCGAUCCUUCUGCAUGAAAUACCCCAUGAGAUGGGAGACUUUGCCAUCCUCCUGCGUGCUGGGUUUGAUCGCUGGAGCGCAGCCAAAUUGCAGCUCUCCACAGCCCUAGGAGGGAUUCUAGGAGCUUGCUUUGCAAUUUGUGCUCAGUCACCUAAAGGGUCAGGGGAAACCAUAGCUUGGAUUCUCCCAUUUACUUCUGGGGGAUUUUUGUACAUCGCCUUGGUCAAUGUCGUGCCUGAUCUCCUGGAAGAGAAGAAUCCCUGGAACUCGGUGCAACAAGUCCUCCUCCUGUGCACUGGCAUCGUCGUCAUGGUGCUUCUCUCCUUCACGACAGAGUGACUCCUGCUCAGUCAGGCUGCCUUUUGCUGCUUCCCAAAGCUGCCUUCCUUCUGAACGGUUACCAAGCAAUAAGGGACACCAUUGGAUUUUUCUUCACUCCGUACCUGUGGAGCCAGCUGCUGCUAUGCGAGACCAAUGAGGGAAGCAAGAUGUGUUGGGAAUAGUGGACUCCAUGUCUUGUUUCUAAAACAUCACGCGUUUCCAAAAUGUCGAGGAAAGAGAGUGGUUUCUUUAAAAAGAAAAAGAAAAAGGCAAAGCAAAACAUUAAGUAUAUAUAUAUUUUAGGAAAAAAGCAGCGGUGGAAAGAGGAACUGCUUUUGAGAGACUGGAUAGUGCUGCUGCUUAGACUUGCUUGAGCAAAACUCCAGAGUGGAAUAAAAGGCCAGAUCUUGGCACCUAGGUAAAGGUGAAAGAAUUCUCUUCUCUCCUGGGCUCCAAGACCUGGAAAAAGGUGCUCUAAAUAUCAGCCAAAGACCAGCUUAUUUCAUACAGCUUUACUGUACAAAGGGGACAGAGUCUGCUCCUGCCUGAUCCUCUUCCUCUUCCUCCUCCUAGUAACUGAAGGUGCUGCUGAACUGAGCAAGGUCUUCUUCGGGUUCAUUUUGGUGUAAGGGUGAUGUUGAAAUCAGGAUUCCCCAGGGGCUGUCCCAAGACAUAUUGCUGCCUGAGGCAAAGGACAUUACGACACCCCCGUCCCAAUCUGCUUAGCCCCCCCCCCCCGUCCCAAUCUGCUUAGCAUCCUCGGGCCAUGCUGCUGAGGUGGUAGUCGUAUGCCAGCUAGCCAGGCAUUUGUGGCAGGGGUAUUGCUAGCCCAAGUCAAGCAAGUGGAGAAGAGGUGCACCCCAGCUGGGUAAAGAGGGAGAAAGGAACCGCAUGCCCUAGAGGGCAAGGAAGGGCAGCAGCCUGUGGUGGUAGGACCCAGCACUUACUCCCACUAUACCCAUCUCUCCGGCUGAGGCUAUCACCUGCCUUAUGGAAGGGUCGCCCUGGGAUUCACAUUGGAAGCUGAUGCAGCCAUAAUUCUCUGUCCCUGUUUAUAGCUGCACAUCUUAAACUGGGAAGAGCUUCUUCUUUCAGAUCAUAAGGUGCUUGAAUAGCAGGUUCAGUCACUGUGGUUGUGCCACAGUUCCUGUGCCACAUUUCCAUGGGCUCACUUGGCAGCCUAUUUGAGGAGGGAGAUGUGACUUGCUAAAGGGUGGCUAAGAGGAAACAUGGAGGUAGAGGGGACAGAACUGAGCACACCAAGGCUGCACAAGAAGCAGGGCAUGCUCAGGGGCUUGCUCGGACCUUUGAGGAAGAAAAGCAGGAAAAGGGUCUGGGGAAAUUGUAGGUGCUUGUUGGGAUAGGAGGAGGAGAUAUGGCCUCUUUAUUAUGAUCAGGGCUAUGUAUAUUCUGUGCUACUAAAAAAAGAAAAUCCAAUCUUGUGCUAAGGGAUUGCGUUUGGCAACCUAUACAAACUGUGUGAAAUUUGCUUAUUUCAUCUUUUAUCCUGCUUCUGCUGGUCCUCAGGAUGGGUCAAGAGCUAUGCAAGGACACUGAAGCCUCACUUGGACUCAAGGAAAUGUUGCUCAGGUGCACAGAGUGAAACUAUUUUGAAAAAUGGGUUCUGUUCUGCUCAUCAGUGUUUUUUUAAUUUCCUGGCUCAGUUCUGGUUCAGACGAAGACUUUAAAAAGUAGUUUGGUAACCAGUUCAAACACUUUGAAUCAGUUUAGAUAUAUUUUAUGCAGAAUAUUAUUACACCUUUGCUUUCAGUGCAACUUUAUAAAAUGAAUAGAAUAAUUAUUUCACUUGAGAAAAAAGUAUUUAUUUUUUAAAACCUCUCUCUGGAAUUUUAAGGAGUUCUCUACCUACUGAAUACAUACCACAGGAUACAGAACAAGAAAAUAAAGCAAUCCUAUAGUUGAAAUCCA